AUGACUAUUUGGUGCAACUCCUGCAAAUGUUACGUCAGUACUCCGUGCACUUCUCAGCAUCUGCCUGCGGAUCACCUUCGCUCAGUCUGCAGGAGGUUCAGAUCAACCAAAGGAGCAUCCAAAGCUCGACGAGACCACAUCAAUCAUGAAAUCAGGAAUAUGCGAGCUCUGCUGCCCAUCACCCUGGAGGACCAGGAGCGACUCUCAUACCUUCACUCCAUGGCCAUCAUCUGCACCUACAUCAGGAAGUCUGUUCUCUUCCAGGGGCUCCCAGCUGGAGCGAGAUCACACUGCUCUCUGCCACACGAGGCCUUUCUUCAAGCCUUGCAAGGCUUCAUCCUCGUCACUACCGCACAGGGCAGGCUGGUCUAUGUGUCAGAAAAUGUAGCCGAAUAUCUCGGGCUUUCCAUGGUAGAUGUGCUGCAGGGAGACACAGUAUAUGACCUGGUGGAACACUCUGAUGUUGAUAUUGUUAAAUCAAAUCUGGACAUUGAAAGCAAUUCACUGUCAGAGCGGAGCUUUAUAUGCUGCAUGAAAACUUCCAAGACCUUUAAGCUGCAACAUGGCAGCUGCUCCUCCAUACUGGUCAGAGGGAGCUUCCGAUUCUUCCCUCAGCCCCGUGCGUCCUCCCCUGCAGCCUCCCCUACCACCACUGAGCCGCUGUUUGUGGCACUCUGCACUCCAACGGUGAAUUGCCUGAGGAGCACUGACGAUCACUUCUUUCACAGCUUCAGCAGCAUCCAUGGACUGGAUAUGAGCUUUAUGAAGCUGUCAGACAGUGUUUCUCCUUUGUUGGGGUAUUCAGCCGAGGAAAUGAUCGGUCGAUCGUGGUACAGCCUCAUCCAUCCUGAAGAUCUGUCGCUGAGUGCAGAUUCUCAUAGAAGUUUGAUGCACGCAGAUGAUGGCUUCCAGGUGGAAAUGGUACUCAGACUCCAGCGUGUGGAUCUGUCGUGGUGUUGGAUCUAUAGUCGAGCCACAAAAGUCUCUGCAGAGUGUCAGACCAUCAGCUGUGCCAACUUCAUCAUCAGUGAAACUGAGGCCAGAUUUUUACAGAAGAAAAUCAGCAGUGUGGCCUUCAAAUCAUCUUUUCUGCCAAAUUCCUACCACUGUGCUCAACACCCUCAAAACUCCAACAAUAAAAGGCAGAGGACAUCUAACAGCCAGAGUGAGGAGACAGGUGGCAGAGCUAUGAGAGAGUCUGAGCAAGACAUAGACUGUGUGGUGAGCAGCUCUUCCCCAAGCAGCAGCUCACCUGUUCUCCUGGGUGAUAGCCCUGCUGUCUUCAUCCCUCCGUACAGCCCUGCCUCCUCCAGCUCCUCUCUGCAGCAGGAGGAGCUCAGCCAUGACAUUCUGAUGGAUGUGAAUGAAUGCAUAGAUCAGAGGCUGUGCUCCCCUGAGGGCUCUCCCUCCCAUUACUCCUACCCAGAGGCAGGGCUCACAUGUCACCAUUCACCCUCAGACUCCAUCCCUACAGCAACUCAAACCUUUGACCAGAGAUCCUUUGGCAUGCUCAGUGCCCACACUCCACUCACCUCAUUGUCGUCAUCCUGUGAUUUCAGAGAUUGUACAUCUGAUGCUCGCUUAGUUCCAGACUGCCUGUCUGUGUCCGACACGUGUGAGAGCCCAGUGGACUGUGCUCUGCAUCCAGACAAUUUCAGCCUUCUGUUGCAGCCACAAGAGGGCAGCUUUGUCCAGCUCCAUCAUGGUGCUCCUGAGUUACCCAUACAUACCAAUCUUUUUAAUCCCAGUCAGUCUCCUACAUCCCUAGAGCCUAACCAGUACAGUGAGAGUGAGCAGGUGGAGAUCAGUAUUCUGGCUCAGCAGAUCUCCUCCUUGGCCAGCAGGUUUGACAGACAUCACUCUGUGAAACCCCAUCAGAAUGUGCUCCAUCCUGAAGUCAUUAACACCCUGCCUUCAGUCUAUGACUGGCCCCCUAACCCGGCUUUCCCUUCAGUCCGUCUUCCCAAUCCUGCGCUGGUUCUUGAUGUUGCCAUGUUCGACAGUUUCUUAAAAGAUGGGAACAUGGUCGCAAGAAAAAGCAACACAUUGAGCCCUACCAGCUACCAGCAAGGCUUAGUGUGCAGCAGGAACGGGCCCCAUCCCCAUCAGGAGCAGCAGGAGCCCAUUGGCUUCAUAGCAGAGGAGCCGCUGGCUGUAGAGCACUUCACCGCGGGCAGCAUCACCAUAAAUCCCAUCAGUAUGCAGUUGGGGCACCGUGACUAUACCACUGGGUUGCAUCAACAUCAUCUCUACUAAAAUG